CUUCCUCCUCCUCCUCCGCCGCCGCCGCCGCCGCAGGAGCCCCGGGAUUUCGGUGCGGGGGGGACGCGCACAAAGGUGCGGCGGCGAUGCUCCCCCGCGGCCCCCCGGCGCUGCCGCCCGUGCCGUGAGCCCCCCCCUCGAUGCCCACCCCCCCUCGGGUGCCCACCAGCUGGAUGCCGACCCCUCCGGAGGCUCCGGGUGCUCCCAGUGCCUCGGAGAGCAGCGGGACGGGGGUCGGUGCCCGCCUGCAGCCGCCUCGCCCGGACCCCCCGCGCUGCCCCUCGGGUGGACGAGCCCUUUUCUCCUGAGAAGAGCCCGACCAGGUGAUCAAAAUAGAGACCCUCAAGGUGACGGUCGACUUCCUGAAGGUGCCCCUGGGCCUGAAGAAGCCCCCCCUGAAGGAGGCCCUGCCCGCCGUCCCGGGGCCGGGCAGAUCCAAAGCCCUGGAGCGGCACAAGCCCCGGCGCUCCGACAACAUGGACAAUGAGUCGCAGUACUCGGGGUAUUCCUACAAAUCCGGCCAUUCCCGCAGCUCCCGCAAGCACAGGGACCGGCGGGAGCGGCACCGCUCCAAAAGCCGGGACGGGAGCCGGGGGGAUAAAUCCGUCACCAUCCAAGCGCCGGGAGAGCCCCUCUUGGACAACGAGUCCACCCGGGGGGACGAGAGGGACGACAACUGGGGCGAGACCACCACGGUGGUGACGGGGACGUCGGAGCACAGCGUCUCCCACGAUGACAUCACCCGCAUCACCAAGGACAUGGAGGACAGCGCCCACCUGGACUGCUCCCGGCACCUGGGCGCGGCGCUGGCCGGGGCGCUGGCGCUGCUGGCCUUCCUCACCCCCCUGGCCUUCCUGCUGCUGCCCCAGCUGCUGUGGCGGGAGGAGCUGGAGCCCUGCGGGACGCCCUGCGAGGGGCUCUUCAUCUCCGUGGCCUUCAAGCUCCUCAUCCUCCUGCUGGGCAGCUGGGCCCUGUUCUUCCGCCGCCCCAAGGCCUUCUUCCCGCGCGUCUUCGUCUUCCGGGCGCUGCUCAUGGUGCUGGUCUUCCUGCUGGUCGUGUCCUACUGGCUCUUCUACGGCGUCCGCAUCCUGGACUCGCGGGACCGCGACUACCGGGGCGUGGUGCAGUUCGCCGUGUCGCUGGUGGACGCCCUGCUCUUCGUGCACUACCUGGCCGUGGUGCUGCUGGAGCUGCGCCAGCUCCAGCCCCAGUUCACCCUCAAGGCCGUUCGCUCGGCCGACGGCGCCAGCCGCUUCUACAACGUCGGGCACCUCAGCAUCCAGCGAGCGGCCGUGUGGAUCCUGGAGAACUAUUACCACGACUUCCCGGUGUACAACCCCGCCCUGCUCAACCUGCCAAAAUCCGUCCUGGCCAAGAAAAUGUCCGGCUUCAAGGUCUACUCCCUCGGCGAGGAGAACUCCACCAACAACUCUUCGGGGCAGCCGCGGGCGGUGAUCGCGGCGGCCGCGCGGCGCCGGGACAACUCCCACAACGAGUUCUACUACGAGGAGGCCGAGCACGAGCGCAGGGUCCGCAAGCGCCGCGCCAGGCUGGUGGUGGCGGUGGAAGAGGCCUUCACCCACAUCAAGAGGCUGCAGGAGGAGGAGCAGAAGAACCCCCGGGAGAUCAUGGACCCCCGCGAGGCCGCCCAGGCCAUCUUCGCCUCCAUGGCCCGGGCCAUGCAGAAGUACCUGAGGACCACCAAGCAGCAGCCCUACCACACCAUGGAGAGCAUCCUGCAGCACCUGGAGUUCUGCAUCACCCACGACAUGACCCCCAAGGCCUUCCUGGAGCGGUACCUGACGGCCGGGCCCACCAUCCAGUACCACAAGGAGCGCUGGCUGGCCAAGCAGUGGACGCUGGUCAGCGAGGAGCCGGUCACCAACGGCCUCAAGGACGGCGUGGUCUUCGUGCUCAAGCGCCAGGACUUCAGCCUGGUGGUGAGCACCAAGAAGAUCCCCUUCUUCAAGCUCUCCGAGGAGUUCGUGGACCCCAAGUCGCACAAGUUCAUCAUGAGGCUGCAGUCGGAGACCUCGGUGUGAGCGGAGCGGGGCUGGCACAGGGGGUCGGCUGGGAGACCCUCCCCGCUCCCCUCCGGCCCCGCCGGGGCUCGGGGAGGUCACCUCGGGGGGUGGUGACCUCAGGGGGGGUCACCU